UAACUCAGGAUUAUUGCCUCCACCACCGGCACUUCCUCCACGACCAUGUCCAACACAGUCUGAAUCAGUGUCUGAAACUGACUUACAUCCUCAGAUGAACAGAGCUCCUUCCCAAACUGCAGAAAGCAGUCCAACAAAGAAGGAUGCACCACAUGCUCAGCCUCCAUCAAAGCCUAUUCGCAGGAAGUUCCGACCUGAAAAUCAAACUACAGAGAGCCAGGAGCCUGCUGCUGCAGUUGGAGGGGCAGCUUCUGCAGCAAUGGUGAAACCCCAUCCAACAGUACAAAAGCAGUCUUCCAAGCAGAAGAAGGCUAUUCAGACUGCUAUUCGCAAAAAUAAGGAGGCCAAUGCAGUGCUGGCUCGCUUGAACAGUGAGCUUCAGCAGCAGCUGAAGGAGGUUCAUCAAGAACGAAUUGCAUUGGAAAACCAAUUGGAACAGCUUCGCCCAGUCACAGUCUUGUGACAUCCUCCAGACUUGAGUGACAGCAGGUGACCUUGUCUGCCAAGAUGUUUCUUUUUAGUAUUUGGGCCCAACUAUUUGUCAUAUAUGUCUGAAUGUCAAAAGCUGUGAGCAGCACAAUAUAAUCUAUAUGACUUUCUCUUUUGCAUUUCA